CUUAUAUAAACGCACCCACCAAAGAAAGGGGAACCAAAAACCCUAACUCCGAACCUGCGCAUCAAUGGCGGACGUGAAAACUGUCGAUGAAGGCCAUCAACUCCCCGAGAAGCGGAAGCUCGAUCUCCCGAUCAUCACCACUGCUACGCCGGAGGAAGGCAAGGAAGGAGCCGACCUCAAAAAGAAGCAGAAAGUUGAAAUCCCCACAGAGGAAAACGGCGCCGGUCCGCACGUCAGUCAUGAAAAUCCGCCGGAGCCGGAGGAGCUCCAGAUAGUCAAUGCCGACGUGGAGGAGGAAGACGAUGAAGACUAUAAUGUGGAACAAGACGAGGAUGGGCAUGAGGAUCCAGAAAUCCUCGAUAGAGCAGCAAAGGUGAUAACGGCCUACGAUAAAGGUAAGGGAAAGAUGGUUGCAGGCUUUGAGUGCGAUGAUUCCGACGACUCGGACGACGACACGGACGGCGACUCAACUGAUAGUUCGGACAACGGCCAGUCAGAUGAAGAUGAGGGUGAGAUGGAGGACGAUCUGCUUGCUGAGAUUGAUCUGGGAAAUAUUUUGCCUUCCAGGACAAGGCGACAUCAAGUGCAUCGUGGGAUUCGGAUUGGUGGUGGUUCCAACGUGGGUAACAAUGCUUAAUUCAAGUUUUCUUGGGUUGCUUGAAAAGGUCGAGAGAUACUGUGUACCUUUGAUUCGACUGGGUUAUCAGAGACUCUGGAGUAGUGUGUACAAGAAAACCUAUCGUUGUAGUGUUGUAAGGCGGACAUGAUCUUUCUGAAUUCAUUAAUGGGGGCUUUCCUUUCUUAAGCUGCAAAUCUUGCUAGAUAUGAUCACCUAGGCAAUUUUCUUUAUCUUUCAUGUGUUUGAUGUGGCGAUUGCUCUACCUUUGUAUGCCGUCGUGAUUUUCAUUAUGGAAUUGGAAUUAGACUUUGGGAAUC